CACCCACUUCACAUCUCACCACCAACAUAUUCACUUUCAACUCGGGCUAAGAAAGCCCGCAACAUCUCCUUCGCUGUGCUAGGGAUUGGCACUUUGCGAGGACUGAGGGACCUUUACAGAGGAUAAACCACGGCGGUGGUUUGCGCUUGCGUACUUGCGGGAGAUACCAGGAAUCAGAGGCUCAUUCACUUGAGCUUCACAAUACCCACCCGGACCCUAGGACCAUUCCCGGAUCUCAUCUUGCCGACAAUCAACGACAAUGCUGCCCGUAACCUCUUCGUCAAUACAAAAGCGGCGUCAGACCCAUCGACGCCAGCAAUCAUUAGAGGUGCCCAUCCUCGCGACUCCAUUACCACAACACAGGAGAACGAAAUCGAAACCGACAAUACACCGGCGAGGCCUCAGUGUCGAUCAAGCAAUGAGCGCCAUGAACUCGCCGUCACAGUUUCGUCCUCUCCUGCCGCAGGAUGGCUACAGCGGGCUGCCUUCUGGACCACCAUCACUACGGAAUCACCAACCACUGGAUACUAACACAGCAUACCCCCUCCAGGAGCAACAACACCAACAGCAUUAUAUCAUCAAGCAAGAACCGCAGUCGCAGAGUCUGCCACCGCCGCUAAGCGCACCGUCGCUCGCACAACCUCAUCCUCUCCCUCCUCAACCUCAAAAUUUCCAAUCCCACCUCCAUCAACAGCUGAAUGGCAUGUUCAAUCCCUCAGUCUCUGCCAUCAGCGCCGAAUCCCAACAGACUGCAGCAUACCAAAGCCUACAGAGCCAUAUGGCAUGGUACGCAUCGCAGUUUGGCCUCCACUCGCCAAAUCCACACGUCAAUGGACAAAGUCAGCCAGUCAUUCAGCUGAGCCAACCGGGCUCCGACGAGAUGGCUGGUCCUGUCUUCCUGUCCCAACCUCAGAUCCAGAUCAUGCCCGGAACGCCGCAACCCCAGGCUCAGUCGCAUACUGUACCCAACACGCCACAAAAUCACGCUCAGAGCUGGCCGAGCCCACCGUCUUCGCACGUCAAGCACCAGCGUCGUCAGAGCUGGCAACUCGACGUUGCACCAAUGCCACAACAGCAGGUCCAGCGUCCAGUAUAUGGGCUGGAUGGCUCGUUCAGCUUCAAUGGCGAGCAGGACUAUUCUGCAUCGUACUCAUCUUCAGUCGCCGACCCUUCCUCACCUUCCCAACAGCACACCGCAUCGAUGCCCACACUGUACGAAGAGCCUAGCGCCGAUCUACUGCUCCAGGCUACUGCUGGAGCUGAACAAGACUUUAACAGUCCACAUUUCAUGGUAGGUGGCGGUCACAUGUGCCCAGAGCAGGCCGCACUUGACGCAGCAGGUAUUGACGCAACGUACAUCGACACUGGCAUCACCGAAGAGCAGAUCAAUUCGUGGCUCAUUCACCCGACUGGCAAGGGUGAGGCAUACCGCUGCAAAUGGGAAGGUUGUGAUACUGUCAUCAAUCGCAAAGAAAAUGCUCGUUCACAUGUCCAGAACCACCUCGACGAUCGUCGCUUUCGCUGCAACCCGUGCGGGAAACGUUUCAACCGACUCCAUGACACGAAGCGCCACCACCUCACACACACCAACGAGAGACCCGCGGUUUGUCCUUGUGGCAAGACCUUUGCCCGUGCCGAUGCGCUCACGCGCCACCGACAACGCGACAUGUGCGAAGGUGUUCUCCCCGGCUUCCAGAAGCUCGAGGAAGAAAAGCCGAAGCGAGGGCGUCCGAAGAAAGAUCGUUCGGGAGACGGUAAUAAAUCAAAAAAGUCAAGCAGGCCGGAUAUGGAGCAUCGAACUGAGAAGGCUGCAUUGGCACGGUCCAUGGAUCGGGCAACCAGGAGCCAAGCUGGGAGCUUCAGCUCUGCAGCGAGCGAGCGGAGCAUGCCUCGUACGCCGCCACAGCAGUCCGAGGAAAUGAGCGCGCACGAUUUCCUGAAUAUGGACCAGCCGGAUUCGCAAUUCAACGCUGCUACAGGAUCGUGGAUUGACACUCCUCCAAGCUCACCACCUUCGGCAUCACAUGCUCAACUUUCCAAGACAAAGCCCUUUGAGUUGCACAUACCUGAAGACCGAAUUGUUUCUCCGUCGAAAUUGUCCAAUCGCGCGUCUCCGGCUCCUACCAGCAAGUCUCACCACGACUCGCACCACGAUUGCUCCAGUCCUGGCGGUCAUGGCAACAGCAGCUUCAUGGACUACUCGUCGCCAGCAGCAUACCCUGGCUUUCAUGGAGGUUCCGGUAUGGACGGUGUCGACAUAUUCAAUGAAGCUGUCGAUUUCGACGUGCUGAACUCACACCCAGAGGUUGGCCGACAGGUCUUCUCUCCACCAGGAGAGUCCUGCAGUAGCUCCAGCGUCUACAAUUCCGAUUAUGAGACGGUGUACGCACCCGCAGCAGUCAAGCCACCGGCUCACCUGACCACCAUAUCCGAAUAUGGCGUAACCACCACCAAUCGCGCUCCUUUCGAUUUGGAAGACUGCAUGGCAGGCACGGAUGACCCGUACAACGACAUUCGCGAUAUGCUAGAUUCGUGGAUCUCUGCGACCGGCAAUUAAGUCUCCUGGACUUGACUGCGAAGCGUUCGAGCGACAGGCAACUGGACGAGACGACUGUAUGAUAGAAUUGUGAUGCGCAAGCAAACGAGUGGGAUGACAAAAGGGUGAUGGUGGAACUAAUCAACGACCGGUACGAAGAGAUACGACUGCAUAUCGAAAUGACGAACAUGAAUGGGCAUAUGGGUAUUUCAGAGCAUGCGUUUGGGGAAAUAAAAAUGGCGUGGAGCGAGCCUUCUGCUUCUUCACCAGGCAGACGGUGGAGUAAUGUUCUGUUCGUCGUCGCUGGCAGGCACUUUCUGUUGACUGCUGGCGGCGACGUACGAACAGAAUCUCUGUAUGGCCGUCUGCCUAUUGAUUAAUGAUCUUUUUUUGCAGCGUUCUGCGAUUCCCCAUUGGUCUGCAUUUGUGGACGGCGAGGCAUUGCAUCAGAUAGUCUUAGGUAGCAGUCCUUGGUCGUUGGCGGGUUGAGUUGGCUGAAUCACGGCUUUGACUCCCAGUUGACGACUGAGUAGAACUCCUUUUGAC